GAGCGCGCGUGGUGACCAGACUUGUUGCCCCCCCCAAGACACGCGAGGAACUCGGGAAUCGACGUUUAAGACACUCGGCGCACACGGCUCGUUCUUGCUUACGAGAGAAACAACUGGUUCGACGAUCUUGUUUUGGUUGGAGAGAAAAAUCGAUCAUGGUCCACGAUCCCAUGCAGCAGUUUGGUGAGGCACCGGUAUUUGUCAACCCACGAAGAAGAGGCGGGAUAAACUACGCGGCAGAUUCAGCGGAGGCCAAGUGGGCGGCAGGGGCCGCGGCUCAGCCAUGCCGGGAAGACACACGCGGACGGAUGAGUGUCGAUCAAGAAGCAGAGGUGGGCGCGGAAAUGCUGCGGAUGAUGAAAAUGUGGUCCUUCAAUGGUGGAGCCGAAGCACACGCCGGGCAGGAGGCACCAGUGGGUCAACGCUGAUGAUGUCGCCGAUACAUGCUGGAGGCGGCCUGGCCUGGCUGGCUUCAUUUAGCCGGGCUUGGACACACCACGAACAAUUUUUGGAUGCGAGCAGGUUUAGAGAAAUUUAGCGGCGUGUCUGUAUUCAUGUGGUCGAGGCGACACGUUCUCCUUCCAUACACGCUGCAAUUUCCCCCCUCCAUAUGGUCUCCGACCCUGAGGCUAGAGUCAAGGCGCCGCGGUGGUUUGUUCGUUUGUCUGCAUGCCUGUGUUUUUUUUUUGUGAGUGUGAGUGUGUGUGUGUCCAAGUCGAGAUUGUCCUGUUGUUGCCUUUCAUCUCUCCAGAUGGAAGUGCGGCACCCGAAGUCGCGCAUGCCAUCGUCGCAUUUGUACCGCUUGCGGUUUGCAUAUUUUAGUUGAAUUUUGUAUGUUUCCGGUGUUCCCCUUUGACCACUUUGGGGUGUGUGUGCACGAGUAGGCUUGACUCGCUGCCCUUGACUACGAGGGACAAGGAUGGUGUGUGCUAGUCGAGCGUUUCUGAACACCAGAGCUCAACAAGAGAGUGAGUUGAGCGUGGGAGAGCUGUUGAUAGGUGUAAAUUAUGGCUGUGGUUGUGACUUUGAAGCUCUUGGUCAGGCGGCGAGUUUUUGGUCAUGGGCAGGUGGGCUCUUGCUGGCUUGAUCGAUUCUAUUUUAUGCUUGUACUUCGAAUAUAUAUAUAUUUUGUGCUUAAGGACGUGGGGAAGAAGGGCAUCGUUGGAAAGGGCGCUUUUCUUAUGUCUAGCAGCAAUCGCAUCGCCUGGCGAUAGUACACGCUUGGACCUGCAACCAGUGCACGUAGAGUGUGGGGAGUGUCAUAUCUAAGCGUUCUCCAUGGCUGGCUCGAAAGCUCCUGGCUUCGGCCGGGUCCUCCUCUUCGCCAGUUUUUUCCGUUGUACAAGAGGGGGCUUAUUGUUCGAUGACGAUGUGCGUCUGAGUCGUCCCGGGGUGUCACCUGUCGCCGGUGGGGGGGAAGUCAUGUCGUUUUAUUCAUGUGCCUCGCUGGCUGCAAAUAACAUGUUUCUUCGUGGACGGGAGGACGAGAGGCGAGAGGUAGCAGCCUACGUAGUAAACGGAAAUCGCGUGGUUUGUGUUGCACCGGUCACCCCGGUGACCAUGUAUAGUUGGUCAUCCCGAACCCCUUCUGGCAACCAGGUCGAGAGUGCGAGUGUUGGGAAUGAUUGUACGGCGAUAUAUAGAGUAUACACUUCGGGGAACGGGCAGAACUAUCCCUGUUUUGAAAGAUUAGGGCACGCGGGGCAGAGGGUUGUGUGUGUGGCCGACCGCGUGCCGGACUUGUUGUUGUACAGCAGUUGGGAGAAGCAACAGCGUAC